AUGAUGAUUGAGGCGCUCAUCUCCAUGGCCCGAUAUCUGUCGGCGCGCGAAGACGAUGACAUAGCCGAUCGCAUGAAUUACCUGUACACGCCUAACAUGCUGCUCGCGUUCAGCGUGCUGAUCAGCUUCAAACAGUUCGGAGGCCGACCGCUGGAGUGUAUUUUCCCUUCCAAAUUCAGUGGUUCUCUGCAAGAAGUCCGUCUUUUGAAUCUGUGUUUGCUCCCCGAUGUCGCAAUAUUAUAAUUUCGUUUUUUCAGUACGCUGAGAAUCUGUGUUGGUCAGAAGACACCUACUUCGUCCCGCCAGACACACACGUGGCCACGAUAAAGGCGCCAGAUCGGAUACAUCCGGAUAGAAGGCUCAGCUACUACCAAUGGGUACCCUUCUUCCUGUUGUUCCAGGCCGCCUGCUUCCGGCUGCCUUCCUUUUUGUGGAAGUGCAUGAGCAUAAACUCCGGUACGUCACUUUCCAAACACUAUAUGAUGCCGAAUGUUACUUUUUGGUUUUAAUUAUCUAAUUGCCAAGUUCAAAAAGUAGAGUUCAAGUUCAGUUUCCACAUUUAAAGUAUGACUGCUCAAACUAAAAAUGGCAAAAAGCAGUACUAAACUAAAACUAUGCCCAACACAGUAUCAAUUUUCCAUAAUUACAGGUCUCAGAAUCCACGAGAUCGUAAGCCGGGCGUUAGACCCAGCGAACAUGGAAGAACAGACACGUCAGAGGAACGUUGAAGUCCUCGGCGGGCAUAUCAGUAGUGUACUUAAGUUUCAACGACACAUACAAAGACGAAACAUCAUGAUUUACCGGACAUUCAAAGUGCUCAACAUAACAUACUCAGCCUGCUUUAUCAGUUACAUGUAUCUUAUCACCAAAGCGAUGUACAUGAUCAAUGUCAUAACGCAACUUUAUUUCAUGAACAAGUAAGAGUUUGUCAUGCUUUUGAUUGAUUUAAAGUGCAUAAGACUUUAGGAAAUUAAAGUAUUAUAUGCAUUAUGAUAGAUAAUCAUAUUCACGUUAGGUAUGUAUUACAAUAGACGCCUAUACCUUCGACUAUUCCAGAUUUCUAGAAACAGACAAAUACACAUGGUACGGGUUUGAAGUGAUCAGCGAUCUAGUACGAGGAAUAAACUGGGAACGAUCUGGAUUCUUCCCUAGAGUAUCAAUUUGUGACUUCGAUGUAAGUCUCAAACUAACUUAGCAUACUCUUAUCAUUAUCUAAAUUUAAAAACUGCACGUUUUUGUUAAAGUUUUACAUAAGAUUCUGUUAACUAUCAAUACGGUUUUGAAGCAAAAUGUAUCCAAAAUGAUACAGCACUAUAGAACGGUGUUUUAGGUAAGAUCGGUAGCUCAAAUCCAAAAAUACUCGGUGCAAUGCGUCCUGGUGAUCAACAUCUUCAACGAGAAGAUCUUCAUUUUGUUAUGGUUCUGGUACACACUUCUGACCUUCGUGACGAUAGGUUCAUUUGUCUACUGGUUCUUCGUAGUCGCUUUCCCAUGCUUCGGAAGGUGGUACGUCGCCACAAACUUGGAGUUAAAUCAACAAGAAGAGAUUGAUGUGAAACGUAAGUGUUUAUCCAAGGUUAAUACCUAAUAAGUUUCGUGUACUUAUGGUAUUGUUCAAAAGUAUUCUGUUUUCUUUGUGUGUAAUUUCUUUCAAACUUAACGAAUGCUAACCAUUCUUUUUUUAAAUGUUGCGCUAUUAUCUUAGUUUAUCCAUUUCAGGGCAUCAAAAGAAUGUGAAAAAGUUUGUGAAUGAAUACCUGAAACAAGACGGGGUCUUCGUGCUACGGAUGGUUUCAAUGCAUGCUGGAAUCAUCUUUGGCACAGAACUCGUAAUGAAUCUCUACAAGAUCUUCCUCGGCUACCAGAACCAGUACCGCCCGUUGCCAAAGCCAGAAAACCACUACGAAUCCAACAACUCGGACUACCUCAGGAAUCGGAAGAAGAAAAAGAGUGUAGACGACAACCCUCUGGAAGAUGCCAUUACCUCCUCUUUCCUGCCCGGCACGCCUAGUCAUUCCAAGUCGCAGUCGCGGUCGUCAAGCAGUUCCAGCGACUCGCGACGACAGUCUAUUAGCAACAAUAUUUGA